AUGUCAAAGGAAACCCCUAAAUUGAUUAAUAAUGCCUUGAAAAUAACGUCAAAAUUGGUUGAAUCUGAUACAAACAUUUCAACAAUUGAUUUGAAUUUGUUGGAAAACUUGAACACUAAUCAAUCGUUGAAUUAUAUAAAACUAGAGAAAAACAUGAACGAGAUUGAAGCAAAUGCCAAACAUUUGCAGAUUUUGAAUUCCGAAUUCACAGGUUAUACUCAGGAGCUCCUACAAAUUGAAAAUAAAGUUGCCAUACUAGAAGAUAUAAUAAGUGAAUUAGAUAAUUGGACAAGGGAAUUGGAAAACAUCAAGUAG